AAUAAAUAAUAUUAUUUGAAAAACUUAGUCAACAAAUAAUAAUUUAGUAGCAAUUAAAUAAUAUAAUUUUCAAUUCCAUAUUUCAAGAAAAAAUGGAGAAAUCUAUACAAACAAAAAGGAAAAAAAAACUGAAUAACCAUAGUUCAAUUGGUGAAACACCUCCCUUCUCACACUCUUAUAUCCCGAGUUUGAUGCCACCUUGACACCUAAUUUAAUUUUAAUUUUUUUUCAAAAAAAAAAGAAAAAACAAAAAGAAAAAAAAUCAUUUACAAUAUUUUUGACAUUUCAUCAAUUCUAAGCAAAAAUAACCUGACUUGCUUUUUGGACACUAAACUCAAGUUUAAAGAAAUUAACAAAAAAAUGAUGAAAACCACAACCAAGGAUUAAUAAAUAAUUAAAAUAAAUAUUAAAAAAAAUAUUUUACUAAAAUCAGUUGGAUUAAAAUAAGAUAUUAUAACAAUUAAAACAACAAGUAAUUUAGUGAAAAUACAUAAUAUAACUUGAGUUUGGUGCAAAAUUUAGUCAACAAAUAAUAAUUUAAUAAAAAUACAUUAUUUAAUCCAAAUAUGUAUAAACUUUUAAGAAUAAAUAGAAAAAAUCAUAAGAACAAAUAAAUAAAAGAACUGCGUUUAUGAUUUUUUUAACAGAUCGUUUUCUUUGUUUUGUGGUUACCGAACUUCAAAUUAAAAUGAUGAAAAAAACAUAACCAAUGAUUAAUACAUAAUCAAAACAUUUCUUUAAAAAAACAUGAUCUAAUAAUGAAACAAUAAAAAAUACCAUACACAAUACCAUCACUAAAUCAUCGAGACACUCCUAAAAGAAACAAAAAAAAGUAUCAGAACACUGCCUCUUACACUUUGAAAUUAAAGUAAAUUGUUACAAAAUCUAGAACAGUCCUACAAAUAACGCAUAAGAACAUACAUCAUAGCGGAUGUCUGGAUGACGUAAAAGAAAUCAAGCAAAAAAAUAAAUAACUACACUACACCACUUAGAUAAAAAUAAAAACAUUUUCACAGCUAUGUAAUUAUUCAAUUUAGUCAACCGCAGGUCCGCAACGUCUUCAUCUCUCAAUAUUGUAACUACCUAUAGAAGCAAAAAUCACAUAAAAAUACUUAUUCACAAAAAUAUAUAACCAACUCUUUAAAGCUAUACAUAUAUCGAUCCAAACACUUAAAAUAGUUUUUAAUAUAGUGAGUUUUCCACAGUUCAAAAAAACAUAUGGUGAGUUUUCCAUAACAAUACUUAGACUGCAAUUUGUUCAAAAAAAAAUUACUAAUCCCUCAGUUCCAUUUUAGAAGAGGUGUAUUCAAUUUAGGAUCUGGAAAUAUUUGAAAAUGAAUAAAUUUACAUGACAUUAUGGCUUUGGUGAAUUAGGAAAAAAAUACUGAUUUGUUGUUAAACUCUUUGCAAAUACUAUGAUUUACAUGACUUUGGUGAACUAGGGAAAAAUACGAUGAUCUAUAAGAGACUAUAACUGAUGAAGAAUUCAAAAAGUCAAGUUCACUAUGUACUUACCUUGCAAACACAUGGUGGAGAUUGGAGAAUAACCAUAAUGGAGAGACUCCGUAAAUAGAAAAACAUCAUCUAAUUAUUUAAAAGUUAAAAGAUAAAAAAGAAAUGCAAAACAAGUAAGCAUCUGAAAGCAAGAAUCUCCCGUAAUGCACCACAUAAUUAUUCAAAUUCAUUAGUUUUGUUCUCUCAAUUGUGAACACUAAAACUCUUAAUCAUAAUUUGCUUAAUUAUUAUUUAUUAAAAUGUUAUAAUUUAUUUAUUAAUACUGUUUUAGUGACCUUUAAAUGUAUACUUUCUUUGUAAUUUUUUUAACGAUUUAACCAAUUUUGAUCAAUAUUAAAGAUUAUAAUGUAAAUAUAAUUUCUUAAGAAGUUAAAUAUAAAGUUUUGUUACGGAUACAAACACUUCAAUCUUAAAGUUAAACAAACCUUAAAAGUAAAAUUGAUAAUAGAUAUACUUUUAGAAAAGUUUAUUCCCAAAAACCUAAUAAUAUAAUUUUUUAGUAUGAGAAAAUAAUUCACUAGCACCACAACAUCCAUUACAAGUAAAAUUUCAUUCUUUUUGUCUUCUCCACACUUUCUCGUUGCUAGCUAUAGCAGUAGCCAUUACCUUACGAUCCAUCUCAACGAAGAAUUCAUAAAGGUUAGUUCAGUAUUUUUCUUGAAUGUUAUUUACACCUUUGUUAUCGUUGAUUCUGUGCACUUAUGUUCCUUUCUUUUUUUACUGGUAUGGAAAGAAUGGUUUCGUGAUAUUCUGAGGUGUUUAGAUGGCUUAUCGUGUUAUAACUAAACUUGAUGCUCAUUAAAAUUUCAGUUUUUUAUAUACACUUGGAUUUUUUCUCAUUCUUCUUCACAUUUAGUUGCCAAUCUUCUUGUCUAAUUACUACUCAGCAAAGUACUGUCUAAUUAUAUACACAGGGUUUCGUGAUAUUUUUUUUUUGUAACUUGGCAUGGGUUUCGUGAUAUUCUAAGGACUUUUUGAUUCUCAUGAAAUUCAUUUUUCUGAUUUUUGAAUUUAAAAAAUAGUAACAUGGAAAAAGAAGAGCAAAAUAUAAUAAGAUUCUUUUUUUUGAACAAUAAUAAUAUGAAAGCUAUCAAAAACAAUAUAUAUAUAUAUAUAUAUAUAUAUAUAUAUAUAUAUAUAUAUAUAUGUGUGUGUGUGUGUUUGUGUAUAUGACUUUUGGUGUUUGACACAAAAUAUAACAUUUUAGAUCAAUAAUUGUUUAGACUUUGUUGUGGGGCAAUCUUCUACUUAUAUGUCAAGGCAUAUUCAUAUGAUUUGUGGUGUUUGAUUUACAAAUUUAAUCUUAUUGAUCAGUUAAUUGUUUAGUCGCUAGCUUGGUUGUUACCUGGGUGACUGGGUCCAUUGUCCUUAAUUUGGUAAGAACUUUUUGAAGUGUUCACGACGUUUGGGUACCAAAUAUAUCACAACUCCACGCUGAAAAAAUUACUAAAUGGAUCUAGGUCCACAUAUAAGUAGACAGAACUAAUUGUUGAUCGCCACAUGUCAAUUUACUCCAUGAAACAAAAGAGUAUGGCAGAAACCAGAGUGUCCAUUUUGAUUCUUUGUUUUUUUUUUGUUCAACGUCCAUUUUGAUUCUAUGACGUUCAUUCAUUGUCAUUUUGAUAAUACUAAAAGAAAGCAGCUUUCCCUCUGUUUCGAUAUGCUCUUAGAAUAAGCUAAUGCUUGAAGAAGCAACGUUUCUGCUUAAAUCUUUAGCAUUUGAAAAUCAUCAGAAUCACUUAGUUUAGUUGAUAUCUUUGAAGGUCUUACUUUCACUACUCUUUGGUAGGGGUUUUGCUACUUCACUUUCUGCAUAACAAUGUGAAUAUCAAAUCUAAUGUUGUUUGGAUGCGUGCAUUGAAAAGCUUUUUCUUAGCUUGUGUGCUAAAAGGCUUGUUCCUUGUUUCAUGGUAUUGAAUGUUGGUCGCAUUUUCAUCAACAAGGAUAGUAGUUUAUUUCAAACUUAACCUUGUCUGCAUGGGUCUUUUGGAAACAAUAAUUUCGACAUGAUCAUACCACUUAUCUCUUUAUGUUUAGUAUUCAUCACAUCACAUUUGCAAAACUCUUUAUGUUUAGUUUGUAGAUCACAAGAAAACUCUUAUCCUAAUUUUAAGUGUUCAAUUGUCUGAUCUCUUUCUUUCCCUGUGUCUACUAGGUCUGGAGUAAAGAUGAGAAGAGAAGUGGAACUGCAAGAGGUGGACUGGACGGCUUUUCCAAAACCGUCGGAAGAGAUGCAGAGUAGCUGGCUAUUGCAGCACUCACCGAAGCCCAAGAAGAAAACUGUAAGGAAACGGACUUGUGCCUGGACGCUAGCCUUCAUUGGGGUGGUUAUAGCGUUUUCGAUGACGGUUAGAGCUCUCACGCAUCGCCACCACUACCAGCAACAAGCGCCUGGCGCUUAUAACAUGGCGCUUCACACCGGACUGAAGUUCUUCAAUAGCCAGAGAUCUGGGCGCUUGCCAGACCAAAACAACAUUACCUGGAGAGGCGAUUCCUGUAUUCAAGAUGGGAAGUAUCCUGGGAGCAGCCACCCAAACCUGUCUGGAGGUUAUUAUGAUGGUGGCGACGCGAUAAAGUCUAAUUUCAAGAUGUCUUUUGCGAUGACCAUGUUGAGCUGGAGUGUCAUCGAAUAUCAUGCCAAGUACCAACAACUCGGCGAACUCAGCCAUGUUGAAGGAAUUAUCAAAUGGGGAACUGAUUACUUUCUCAAGACUUUCGACUCUAGUGCUGCCGAUUCAAUCCAUGAUAUGGUGUCACAGGUCGGAUCUGAAGGAACUGAGCGUUACUGCUGGAUGCGCCCUGAGGACAUAGAUUACGAAAGAAAAGUACAUAUAUGCAUCAGUGAAUGCCCUAAUCUUGCUGCAGAAAUGGCGGCUGCACUUGCAUCAGCGUCCAUAGUUUUCAGUGAAAACGAUGCGUAUUCUCAGAAGCUUAUUCAAGGCGCCAAGAUUCUCUACAGGUUUGCAGAGUCUUCUAUCAAAGGCAGUGGUAGAAGCGCAAGAUCGUCUUGGGAUGAGCUUCUAUGGGGUGGGGUUUGGCUCUACUACGCCACUGGAGAUGCAACUUACCUCGACCGGGUAACGACUCUUGCGUUGGCCGAUCCUUCUGAUUCUUUCUCGCGUGACUCUGGCGUGUUCAGUUGGAACACAAAACUAGCAGGGGCGCAGCUGCUUUUGACCCGGAUGAGAUUGUUUUUGAGCCCUGGAUAUCCAGCUGAAGAGGUUUUGAGGAAAUUUCAUAAUCAGAUCAGCAUCGUUAUGUGCUCUUACUUACCGUCUUUCAACAAGUUCAAUAGAACUAAAGGAGGUUUGAUCCAGUUAAACAAUGGAGAUCCCCAGCCUCUCCAAUAUGCUGCAAACGCGGCUUUCCUAGCCGCUUUAUACGGUGAUUACCUAGAGGCUUCUGAUACUCGUGGAUGGUCAUGUGGGCCUAAUGUCUACUUUACUAACGUACUAAGGGACUUCUCGAGAUCGCAAGUUGAUUACAUUCUCGGGAAAAAUCCUGAAAACAUUAGCUAUGUCGUGGGAUAUGGGGAGCGUUACCCAAAACAUGUACACCACAGAGGCGCUUCGAUACCAAAGAACCGGAAAGAGAGCUGCAAGGGAGGGUGGAAAUGGAGAGAAAGCUCAAAGGAAAACCCAAAUGUGAUUGAAGGAGCAAUGGUCGCUGGACCGGACGGGCAUGAUGUGUUCCAUGAUGUUCGUACCGCAAACUAUACAGAGCCGACCCUGACGGGAAAUGCGGGACUCGUCGCUGCUCUAGUUGCUUUAUCAGGAGAGAAACACAUGCUUGACAAGAACCGUAUGUUCUCUGGCGUGCCUCCCUUGUUUCCGGACGUACCUCCGCCACCAGCUCCUUGGACACCUUAGAGAAUGGUGUGAUUAGUCUUAUGCUCUGGACACCUUAGAGAAUGGAGAUUAGUCUUAUGCUCUGAACUCUCUUUUGAUCUACCUUGUUUUCUGAACUCUCGUAUGUAUUAUCGUUAUGGAAGACAUGGUUUCAGGGGAUGUUAGUAUCUACAUGUUUUUGGUUGUUCCACAUAUUUGUAUUCCUCUUCUGAUUCCUUAUGAAGACUUUAUAAUUGCAAGAUGAGAAUGAGAAAGAGAAUGUUAUAUAUUUGUAUUGAGAAAGAGAGUGUUAUAUAUUUGUAUUCGUCUUCUAGUUCCUUAUGGAGACUUUAUAAUUGCAAGAAGAGAAUGAAAAGCAAGGGGUAAUCUCUGAACCAUGUACUAAACCCAUUUAGAUCAAUAACCAAUUCAUUGCAAAUCAAAAGUCUGCAUUUUCUUCAGCAGCUCUGUGU